AUGACAGAAAAUAUUUGUGAGUUUUUGGGUGCUACUGUAGUAGAUGAGUCCCCUCCACUCUUUCUGGGGCAGGGCUGAUCUCAACCUUAGAUGACCCCUUUUCUGGAAAACAACAUUUUCUGUGAAAAACCAGAAAAUUCGGAAAAUUUUAGAUACAUAAAAUAUUUUUACAGAUGAAAACAAUUCGAAUGUUUGCACAAAUGUUAUCGCAGGAGCAACUGGGUUCUGCAAAGUGGAGAGAGGCAAAAGCGGAAAAUUCAUUGGGGUGAGUUUUCUUUGAAGUGUUCGAAAUAUUUAAAAGUUUAUAAUUUUUGAAGUGGUGCGGGCUCCAUAAAACAUUAGUGGGGGGGGGGGGCUGAUAUACACCAGUGAUGGUUGAGCAAAUCUGGUGGUGGGCUGAUUUGAAUAGCGUAGGGGCAUCAAAGGCUCUUAUUGCAAGCUUCAAAUACACGUUUGCUUGCAAAACGUGGAAUCAGCUCACAUUACAACUAGAGCAUCAUGACUCCCCACAUAACUUCUUUUAUGUAAUACAAAAAUUAAAUUUCUGGGAAAACCAGACAUUUAACACAGAUAGAGGCAUCUCUCGCUUGGCCUCCCGCUUUUUUUGUCGGGCACUGCAUUUUUAGACCCCAUCGGCAUCGCCCUUUGAGGCCUCGCCCUUUGAGAUGCGUUGAGGUCUCGCAGCGACUUUCUAACCGAAAAUGUUUGUCUGCGUCUCCUCGAAAUUGUGUAGUGGCACGACGUGGACGAUGGUUUUUUAUCAGACCGUUUGGUUUUAAAUGGCGCGACAUCUGAAAAUUCGACGUCUCAAAAAAUUCGCGACUUAUAUUUUUUGUCAAAUACAUUUUCUUUUUUUUUUUUUUAAGUGAUUCAUGUCAUCAAAUUACGUCAUUUUCAUUUUCACACCUAGGGGCACCCCGAGGGGGGUAAUUAAUCACACCUAUCAGUGGUGGUGGUGACAGGCGUCAGCUGUUGUAUGAGGUGUAGCAGUUCUAUACUCCUAAUAUACAGUAACCCAAAAAAAUAAAUUAAUACAAUUUUGAAUAGAACCUGAAGAAUCAUACUACUUGUAGAAAAUCCAUCGUCCGAACUUUUUCAAAAAUCAUGCAAAGAUAUAGAUUUUGUUUUUUUACAGAGUUUCAACCCCUAUUUCAUCCGAAUGUUCGUCACCUCCAGUUUGCGAAAAGAAGUGCAGCGAACAAUGAUGUUUGCCAAUGUCACGGAUGAUCUCAUCAAGCGCAUUUGGCCAGCUCAUCUGAAGAAUCCAGCAAGAACAUUGGAAAUUUUACGAGAAAUUGUGAAAAAGGAUGAUAUCAAAAAGGCGAUUGGACAAUUUCAAAUUUUGGAAAAGGAGAUCAAUUUCGAAAAGCGCGGAAUUCGGGGACGAGUCAAAAACGAUUUCUUGAUGAAAUACGGAAACUACGAGCUUCUCAGCGAUUUCGUCUCGAGUCUUGAUUCGAGACCAGGACGAAAUUUGCAGAUGAAAACCGUGAUGGACCAUUUCAACAAUUUCAAAUGCAAACAUGAAAUCAUAAUCGCAAAAUCUCCACUAAUUUUAAACCUGGUUGCAAUUCCGGAUUCGCUGAAACUGAAAAACGAAACAAAACAAACAACAAUUGUUUUGCAUAACGAGUCAGAUUGCCCAAUUUUAUUCAAGAUCAAAACUUCGAAAAACAAAUAUAUGAAGUUCGACACGACAAUGGGCAAAAUUGAGGCUCGAAAAAAUAGAUCGUUGCUGGUCAAAUUUACGAAACCUCUUGAAGACCGCGCGACUAUAUCAAUCGAGUAUGGAGAACAUCAGGCCGAAUACGCAGGCAAUUAUGCGAAGUUUUUCAUUGACAAUGAGUGCGAUUUUAUCUCCAUAAUCGCCGAAAUGCUUUGA